AUUAUUUCAGGGAAUAAUGUUUAUAAAAUGACAGUAUCUUAUACUGGUGAUGUGGCGAACGCAAGCGCAUUCGGAUGCUUUUCUAAGAUCUUGCUCCGAUGGCGUGGAUCUGUGUACAAGCUUGUGUUCAAGGAACUGCUGGCCUACACCGUCAUGUACAUGAUCAUCAACCUCACAUACAGAACUGUUCUUAUCCGUUACAGUGAAGAUUGUGACCAAACCCUGCCCAGCUGCGAACGGUGGAGAAGCCGCAGAGAAUUGUUUGAGUCCUUCCGUAUGUAUGUAAACCACAGUCUGAAGACAAUCCCUCUCACAUUCGUUCUAGGAUUCUAUGUCAGUUUGGUUUUAAAACGAUGGUGGUUGCAGUACAAUACGCUUCCCUGGCCAGAUUCUUUUGCUAUUAUGCUGGUGGGAGCAUUCAAGGUUGAAAAUGAUGACAAGGGUCGAAUGAUAAGAAGAAAUCUUAUCAGAUAUGUUACUCUAGCAUACUGUAUUGCACUCAGGACUGUGAGUUUUCGCCUGAAGAAAAGGUUCCCAACCCUAGAGCAUCUGGUUCAUGCAGGAAUAAUGCGUCCUGAUGAAUUCAAGCUCUACCAUAUUCUUGAUCAGUGCCUGACAAAGUUCCAGAAACUGGAUGAGAAGGUAGUUGCCAACAAAUGGUUCCUUCCUCUGGUUUGGUGUGCUAAGAUGAUCGGAGAGGGAGUAGAAAAUGGAAAUAUUGAAGCUCCUAAUGGUGCAACAGUGAUGGACGAGAUUGGGAAAAUCCGCCAAAAACUAACUACAAUUCUGACAUAUGAUUGGAUAUCUGUACCCCUGGUGUACACUCAGGUUGUAACACUGGCGGUCUACUUUUACUUUAUCGGGGCCCUCUUCGGAUCUCAAUGGGUUUCACCUGCGACUGAUGAGGCCAGCACUAUGAUUUACAAAACGUCUGGACGCUUGGAUUUAUUCUAUCCAUUCUUCCUGAGUCUUCAGUUCGCCUUCUUCAUAGGAUGGUUGAAGGUUGCAGAAACCCUCAUCAACCCCUUCGGAGAAGAUGAUGAUGAUUUUGAACUGAACCGACUUAUUGACAGACAUCUACAGGUUGGUUUUCUGAUCUGUGAUCCGACUGCAGAAAAGCCGGAUCUACUCAAAGAUAAAUAUUGGGACGAUACAAUCCCGAAUGAGAUGCUCUACACUGUUGGUUCAAUAGGGGAGAGAGAUGUAGAGUUUCAGGGUUCAGCUGAGAUUACUCUCAAUGUUGAUCAGAGUGAAAGAUUGUACUCCGAUCUUUCUGUUCCUAAUCCUCUCAGAAAGCGGGUUAACUCCAAUGAAACGAUCUAUGAGAGUAUACGAUCUAGAAACUUCACCAGCAAACCCCGUAAACUCUCCAACCUAUCCAACCUACUCUGGAAGAAAAAGGAAAGACCCAGCUCCAGGAAGAGCUCCCGUAGCUCAGAUCCAGGACGCCUUCAAGUUCUUCCUGCUCUUGUUCUCCGUCCUGCUCUUCCUGCUCUUAAUUCUUCUCCUUCUCUCCCGGCGCAGAAUCGACACCGUCCUGAGCUCCCUGAGCUGAUAUCCGUCCCGUCCAAGGAUUCAGGGUUCAAUCUCUCCGAUAUAGAAAUGAGAGAAACGUACAGCAUUGUAUAAAAAGAAUAUUUUGUUAUAAAAGGGACAGUAGACUUAAUUUCAAGUGAACAUACGUUUAUAGAGUGGCAUGUCUGAUUUGCACCAGUACCCUUUAAACCUUUGGUUUGAUCAAGUACAAAGGUAUUAUUCCUAU